GGGUAGUCGAAUAAUUAUCGUAAUUGCUUUGAUAGCAAUUAGAAAAAAAAACACACACAAAUUGGUUAUAUUGACAUGGUCGGACAUAGUUGAUUCAUUUUAUAUUAUUUGUGUGUCAUUAUUUUAAUAUGCAAAGAACAAUUUUUGGCAAAAAGACACCGGGUGCGCAGAGACCUAGGGUUGAUCGGUUCGUGGCACCAAGGGACUCUUUCGAGGAAUUGCGGCUGCGCAGUUCCUGGAACACGAGGGAGCGAUGCAACCAUGACAUCUGGGUUGCUAAAUAUCUACAAAAGAAGAAUUACACGAGCUACCUAGACGAAGCAUUUGGACUGGAGACUUUGGCUGGUCAGAAAAAAAAAUUAAAUACCAAAAAUGGCUCCGUUGAGCCCUGGCCUUGCGCGCCGCGGAAAAAGAGGUACCUGUCUUCGGCUGACAGCAUACUGGAUCUCCCGUCUUAUAGCAAUGCACCAUUUCCCGACCUCCUGGAUUGGAGCAACGACAAUAUUAUAGUGGCAGCGCUGGGCCGGCACUACCACAAGUGGAGCUGGCGUACGCAGAGUCUCGUCAACUCUGGGUACUCCCAGCAGGAGAUACAAUGCUGCAAGUUUGAUCCGAGGGGGGAGUUAUUACUGCUGGGAACGAAUCCUCGUAUGGUGGAAGUCCACGACAACAUUAGCAGCAAGAUGAUCACGGCCGCUUUCUGCCGAUGUCCAAGAGACAUCAAGCCGCACUGUAGUAUCACAGCCCUCGACUGGAGCCCUACUGGCAAUUCCUUUGUCACGGGCUGUUCCUUCGGCACGAUAUCCUCCUUCACCAGAGACGCUUUGCCAAUAGCUCACGUGGGGUAUAUCCGCAAAACGGUGCUAAUGAUUCGUGUAUCUCCGGACGCGCGACUCCUGGCGGCCGCUGUCGUCAACCGCAAUUCGAUCAUAAUUUAUCUUUGGCCAGACUUGGGUGUGGUGUCCAGUAUUGCAUCGCCUGAUUGGGAUACACAGGUAUUCGCAUGGCACCCGUGGCGGACGUCGUUCCUGGGCGUGGCCGCGAUGCACGGCGACGUGUCUCGGCUGGCAACAUGGGACAUCAACGUGAACACUAUGAGCCACGUGACCCUGAGUCACAGCCAAUACAUCGUCGACACACUCCUCUUCAGCCAGAGGACUGGGGAGAUGGUGCUCAGUCUGUGGCAUCCAAACUCAAUUUAUCCAAGAACCAAUUCGCACCUGUUAGUGUUGAGCGACCCAGAGACGGUGGUGGACCAAUGGGGGGAGGGCCGGAGCGGUCUGGACCGCGUCAGGACAAUGGUCUUCAGCCCUGAUGGCACUAAACUAGCGACAGCAACAGUGGAUGAAGACCUCAUAAUAUGGAAUUUUCUUCCAGAAGAUUCUGCGAAGUACAGACCCAGUUCAAGAAGGCUAUCAGCCUUACCGGUCUACCUAGACGAAACCACAUAUGGUCUUUCCAUCCGAUAGCAUACCAUUGAUUGGUUUAGCUUCAAUUUUACUAGACUGGCCGACGAAUAACAAUCAUUCGAAUUAUUUCCACGGUGGAACUACAAAAUUUACGUUCUAGUUCCAUUUUUCCCUUCUGAAAUUUAUUUGGAACGAAUGGGAAAAAACCUGAUUAUUUCCAUCAUGGAACUAGGUGAUUUAAUUAAUGCGAAUUGUUGUUCAUGUACGUAUUUUAUGUAUGUAUGUAAAGUUGUUCAAUACAGUAUAAAAAAAUAUAUAGCAACAAAUCAUACAGAUUGAGUUAUCCCCAAAGCAAAUUCGAAACUUGUGUUAUGGGAUACUAACUCAAAGAUACUAUAUUCUAUCAUAUAUACUUAAAUAGAUAAACACCCAAGACCCAGGUCAAUCUGAAAGUAAUCAUUUUCCAUCUUGAUUUGACCGGGGAUCGAGCCCGGGACCUUCAGUCCGGCAUGAUGACCAUUAAGGUCACGGAGGUCGUCUAAUAUUAUACAUAUAUAUGCAAAUUAUAUUAUCCCAAACCUGUUUCUAAGGGGCUAAUCUUGACAAAUGUCUAUUUAUAGUGAUAUCCUAAACAGACAUUUAAUGAUAUCCCGGGUAUCAAUAGGUUAUGUGACAUCUAAAAAUGCACUCUGUUUAUUUUUUGGUUUGCGUAAAAUUGACGUUUUGUUAACUUUCUAUCAUCCGUGCUGGAAUGCGAGAGAAAAAAAAUCAACCUAUUUAAAUUAAUUUAAAAAUGAUCGUUAUCACCACCGCUUAAGAGUUCAUGGUUAACUUGACAUUAUUUUUGGUUAUACUUUUGGUUGACCGUACCUCUAAAAUUUGAAACGAGGUUAGUAUUCAUUUCAUUAAUAUUAUGUGUAAUAAAUUUUAUGAAUGUGUUAAGUAUUUGUUAUAAUAAAAUCCAAUUAAAAUUAUUAUGUUCUUGA